GCGAAGUGACAGGAAGAGGCGGAGUCUCCUGGUCGGAUCUCCGCAGGACAGUGAGGCCUGUGCAGCGGUGUCAGCCCCGGCCUCGCCGUAAUUUUGAAGCCGCCAUGGAGCGCCGAAUGCCAGGCCGCAUGUUUGGCCAUCACCCUCGGGAGGAGAGCGGGCGCAGCGGCUUCCAGCUGCCGUCACAGGACUUCAUGGAGUUCCCGUUUCUCCCCGGACACCCCCAGCUGAGCGAGCGCGUGCGGAAGCGUCUGUAUUAUGGAUGGGAGGCGGAGUGCCCCAUGGAGGACCUGUCCAGUCCAGUGGCCGACAUUGCUGUGGAACUGCUGCAGAAAGCCGCUCCCAGCCCCAUCCGUCGCCUGCAGAAGAAGUAUGCAGCUCACGUGUCCCGGGAGGCCUGUAUCUCGCCCUGCUCCAUGAUGCUGGCCUUGGUUUACAUAGAGCGGCUGCGACACCGGAACCCCGAGUACCUGCAGCAGAUUUCAUCAUCCGACCUGUUCCUCAUUUCUAUGAUGGUGGCGAGUAAGUAUCUAUACGACGAGGGUGAGGAGGAAGAAGUGUUCAAUGAUGAGUGGGGCGCAGCCGGAAGACUGGAUGUCCAGACAGUGAACAAUUUGGAGAUGAAUUUCCUCAGCGCGAUCGACUGGUGUUUGUACACUCGCCCAAGGGAAUUCUUUGAGGUGCUGCAGUGGUUGGAAGGCCGAGUGGCCGAGCAGCAGGGUAUGAAGCGCGGCUGGUUCACCUACACCGAUCUGACAGUGCUGCUGGAGCAGGAGCUGUGGCAGAAAGCCUUCAGUGAUUUCUUCCAGCAAAUAACCAAGCUGGCCUGUCUCCUGAGUCUUGUCUACCUGACCGGUGUUGCCACCUUCUUUGCCUCCGUUUCUGUACUCCAUAAGGCUGCCGGCGAGGUAAACGGCACAGCACUUCUCCCUCCUGUCGUGGACCCAACUCCAGAUGCCUCCGUGCCUCUGUUUAUUCCAGUUACACCAGAGGAGAUCUCCGAGGCCAGCCUGAUCGUUCCUGCCCUGGAGGAGGAGUGCGUGGACAAGCGGUCCAGCAUCCCGGCAACUGCUUUGUACCUAUGGGGCUCAGUGCUGACUGCACUUACUUACAAGGAUCCAGGGGGGGCUGCAGUUGAGGAACCACAACUCCCCGACCAGUACUGUCCACACUGCACUAAACCAAAAUUGUCGUCCUGGCCUAAGACCUGCCAUCAGAAGAACGCCACCCGCUCUGGCAUUGCCCUACCUGUUUUUCGUGCCUCUUCUGGACCCCACCACUUUGGCUUCCAUGACACGCUGCUCCCCUCUGGCUGCCCCAACUCCUGUGGCCUACCACCAGAUGGUUGUCCGAACAUGGACUUGUCUAGAGCCUUCGAGUUAAAGACCUAUUUGUGUAGAGACAUUGGCUUUGACCGGUUCAAAACCGUCAUUGUCCCAGGUUAGCCAAUAUGGAAGGUGACACAGGCUCAUCCCCUUCCCCAUGUCAGGCCUGUGCUUGACUUUUAGGACUUUCUCUAAGAAUUAUCUACUAUGUAAAAAUUGCAAUAGCUUUUAUUUUACUACCAUGUCGCUGACCUCGGUGUUGAUGUGGCGCUUCUUCUAGAACUAAUAAUUGUAGCUAAAAUUACACAACAGCACUUUAAAGGGGGGGUUCAGUCAGGUCUCCACAGGAUGUCUUCUGUGCAGGUUCUGCACCGUUGUCCUCUCCUCUGUACAAGUAUGGACGUGUAUACCCCAAGGAGACCUGAUCACUUGUGUAACUGCUACUCAGAUGUGACUCAAAUUUCUUAGAUGCAAUAUGUUACAGUUUUCAACAUUUUUUUUCAAAAUCUCUGCUAGCUGUUAAGGAAUAUGGGACAUUCAUGUUUACAGCUAGAGGCUGAGAACCAGACCUGGCCUUGUACUUCUGACAGCGUAGACUUUGUUACAGUUGGAUCUGAUCUAGACAAUCCCAUGUUACCUGCAUACACGAAGGACACAAGAGUUCUGUCAGGGCCGGUUCACACGGUUUUUGAUGCUGUUUUUCGCACCAUAAAUGCCUCUAAACAGCCUCCCAUUUAUUUAAAAAAGCAUCAUGCUUUGCUGGCGCGGAAUCCGCACUGAUUCUCCCUUUGAAAUGAAUGGAAAGCUGAAAAAAAACAAAAAACGCUCUGUAUGUGUUUGUUUUCUUUGCAUUCUGGUGCCAAAAACUACAAGCUGAAAAUCCAGAUCUGAAUUGACGUAAACACCCAUUUGUUUAAAAAAAUAAAUGCGGGUCCUGUGCAAAACUUUGGAGGCUGAUUUCAAAAUCCAUUGUGUGAACAUCCCUUAUGCUGGUUGCUACUGUGUAUCAGUGCAUGUAAAAUGUGUCGGCCUGGAGUCCAGACUGAUACAUUGUAACAAGCUGUCAGGGCCUGAGACAGAUUUUUGCUGCUGUUGUGGUUAACUCACAUUGGAUUGUCCACAGUAGAUACAAUUGUAACACCCUUAGCUGUGAGAAGUAUAAGGUUUGGGACAAGCCUUCCGGCUCUGGAUGUAAACCUGAAUGUUACCCUUCACUGACUGUAAGCUGAAAUUUUGAAAAAUGAAUUGAAUGCGCAUACAGCCAAAAAUCUUAUUGCAAAAUUGCAUCAAUUUGCAGUACGGGUUGGACUGUGCAGCACACCACCUACCUGUGUGGGUGCGCCCCAAGGGUGCUGUUACGCCACCACGGUUACACUGGUGGCGCACACAGGUACACGGUUCUACAGCUAUACUUACUGCAAAAACCAUAGUAAGUACAGAGCAAUCAGAAUGCCACUGACUGCGGUAACUGCAGCUCAGCCCCAUGUGUAAUGGCACCCUCAGGGUACAGCCACAUAUAGCGUUGUCGCAAAUGUCAUCCACAUGCAGCGGAACGUGCCCGCAGCAUAAUUUGCACUUAUCUUGAGCUGCUGUGUUUUUACAUCUUCAGCACAUCAGUUGUAUUGUGGAUGUCUGCCAUGGAUUUCUCAGUUUGCAGUACAGAGGGUGAAUCUGCUGCAAAACCCACAGGUGGUGAUUUUACCACUGUGACCAAAUCUGCAGCAGACCCCCCUACAUGUGGCCAUACCCUUAAAGGGGUUCGUCUCAUCUCAAACAUUGGCAGCAUAUUGCAAAGACCCGCACAUAUCUCCAGAAUGAAGGAGAGGGCGCCGAGCACGCGUGGUCACCCUCCAUUCACUGCUAUAGGAGAUCUGAAAUUAGCCGAGCGCUGGUUUGGCUACUUCCAGCAGUCUCAUACAGGUGAAUGGAGAGAUGUACAUGUGUAGUGCGCUCUCAACUCCAUUCUAUGGAGGGCGUGGUGCUUUAUUUUCGGGGCCCUUUGCUCCAGGAACCGUUCGUAUCUGACAUUGGUGGUAUAUCCUGGUGAUAUGCCGCUAGUGUUGGAGGCGACACAACACCUUCAAGCUUGAGGGACAACCAUUGCACCUCUUUGGAAUAUUUGCUAAUUUCAUGUGUCUAAUGCCAGACAUUUUAGAGCCGUUUAUAUGGCUACGACAGGGGUCUGCAACCUUCCUCCACUCCAGCUGUUGUGAAACUACAACUCCCAGCAUGCUCAAAUUCACUUCUAUGGGAAUUUCAAGAACAGCCAAACAAGUUGUUGUACCACGGCUGGAGUGACGCAAGUUGCUGAUCUGUGGCCUACCAGACCAGGUGAACACCACGACCUCCACCAUGUGCUCCUGGCCACCUCGAGUUGCCUUACAAUCGGAGUGGAUAGGAAAUCCUGACUUGCUGUGAACUCCCAUCGUCCAAUACAACCCGACCAGUGGAUUGCGUUGCUUCCAUGUAUGGACGACUGCAGGACACUUUUUAUGUUGCUUGUCUUAAGUUGAUGUCUAGCUAAUGCCAACUAGAUAGUAUAGACCUUGUAUAUAUAAUGCUCUUUAUUGAAACACAGGCAAUGGAAACGAAAACAGUCAUGGUAAAGGCGAGGUCAGUAUCUAGAAGGCGACCGUAAGUUCACAGAUAACUGUAUUGUCAAAGAACGUGAAGGCGGCAGGUAGGGGGUUAUGUGUCCUGAGAAGGUGAAAUUGCUCUGUGUGACGUGGAUACGUCCCACGCUUCAUCCAAGGGCUGGCCGUACACCUCCAGGAGCUGGAUGCUCAGCCCCUCCAUACACAUGCAUCCAUGGCUCAGUAGAGAGAGGGGAGAAAGAUGCGGGCAGACGCCUCCUCAUUAGAUCAUUGCAACCUGUGAAGUCACCUUGAAAGAAUGUCUGUUUAGAAAAUGUUUUCUCACUUACCUUCUGGGGGUCCUAAAUAGAAGCAGGCCUCCCUGUAUGCAAAGUAGCAAGUGAGAUCACUUCUCAAGUAGUCAUGGAGCGUGUCAGCUGUGUCCAUUUUAACCUCCCAGUCAUUACCUUGGAUGGACAUUCAGAGGCAGCUGUUGUACCCACCAAGAGGUGUCCCGGAGACUGAACCUCGUUCACCUCGAUCUGUGGCCGUACUUACAGGAUAUCCCUAGUUAUAUGCUGCACUGAGCACUUCUAAUUUUGUCUUUUACAUCAUUGUUGGAUAGCUUUGGUCUUCUCAUUUACUACUUUUUAUACUUGCAUGAGGUGAAACAUAAGAUGUUCACGGUAUUAACCACUUAAAUGGAUUUGGAUUACUUCUAACCACAAAUUAUUUCUCACUUCUUUUUUUUUUUUUU